UAGGUGCGCCGGUGACGGGCAUGACAGGUCGACGUGUGGGUGACAGGAGCGGCUGGAGAGUGUCAAACGCGUGUUCGGCUCCUGAGGAUGAGGGCAGCAAUAUAAGCCUCAGGUGUGCCGGUGCCUUAUGCUCACUCACCACCUUCAUUCUCUUCGCUUCGUCCAACACUCCUUUGGGGCUUCCCCGGUUAAUACUUAUUCAUUUUACCUACGCGGCUUUGAUAGUCUGCUUCUUUUAUUGUACAACGACCGGUCGUUCCUUUGCAUAUCCUUCUUUCGAAAUACCACGUCUGUGACGUUUAGUUAAUCACCUUACUUUUCUAAUUCCAUCACUUGUAUUAUCCGGAAAGAUGGGCAUCAAGACUCUGUUCACGAUGGCGCUUGCGACUGGUUUCGCUGCCGCAAAGCCAAUCAACACACCCGCGGAACUUCCCGCCUACCCCAUGAGCAGGCGCCAGGGCAACGCCGUGCAGAACGGGUUCGGCGGACAGGGCUUCAACUUCAUCGAUGGGUUCAACCGGUUCAACGACCAGGCGCAGGUGGUGCAGGUCAAGCAGGAGAGCCUGCAGAUCCAGAACAACGGGUUCCAGCAGCAGGUCGUGCAGCAGGUCAACGAGGUGCUCGUCGUGAACCAGCAGCAGAACGGCUUCAACAGGGACUUGAACAACCUGUUCCGCAAGGCCAACUUCCGCCGCGAGAGGAACCAGGAGAGCACGGUCAUGCUCGUGGUCCAGCAGAUCCAGGUCUCGGUCGCGGAUGACCGGGGCAACGCGUUUCAGCAAGAUGUCUUUGUGCAGAGCGCGAUCGUGGCGAACCGUGGUGCGAGAACCACGAACACGGUCAUGCUCUUCGAGUCCCAGGCCAUCAUCGCAACGCAGGUCCUCGGCGGACGCGGCAACGGCCUUGCCGGCAUCGCAGGCGUCGGCAACGGACGCGGAACCAACGCUGCCGUCCUUCCCACCAAGACGGCGGACGUGCAGCUCUUCGGCGCGCGCCCCACCUGGUCUGUCAUCGCCGAGGACCCGGCGGCGACGCUCGGCGCUGUCUGGCAGGCUGAACUAGAGGACCUGCAGAAAGCCGACCAGGACGCUGCUGACAACCAGGCCAACGACCAGGCGGCGCAGCAGGUGAAGGCCUCGCUCGACAAGGCGAACCAGGAGCAGCAGCAACAGCAGGCCUCGGCCUCGCAGUCCGCAGAGACCUCGCAAUCUGCCGAAGCGACGUCGACCACCUCUGCUGCUGCGGAGGCGACUUCCGCCGCUGAGUAG